AUGGCAGCCAGGAAGGAGAGUAGUCUCUUCCCUCUCAAUCCGUACUACAUCCCUGGCUACGAGGGCUUUGUGCCUCAGUACAAGUACCAGUGUGGAGACACCUACGGCAGGACCACCCACCGCCUGCUGACAGACCCCGCGCUCAGGAGGAGCCCUCGGCCCCUGCUGGCUCCGCUGCGCAAGGAGAAGUUCAUCGAGGACUUCAGUGGGACCCAGCACGGUGUGCAGGGCUACCUCCCCGGGCGUCCAGGGUACUUCCCUUAUGAGAAAACUGGGGCUGCAGCAAACAUUCCUGAACAAGUCCUUGGACCAAAAGCUCUGCAGCCAUGGCCAUGGCCAGCAGAGGAAGAGCUGGUGAUGAAGCACAUGGACCCCAUGCCCGAGCAGCACCCCGGCCAGUACGCCCCAAGGGCACAAAAGCCUCCGAGGAUUUCCCAACAUCCUGACCCAGAGAGGGCAGAGCUGAAGCUGCCUGAGCUGACCUCAGCCUGGGCACAGGGAAAAAGGGCUGGACCUGGCCAGCUCGAUGGUGCCUUGGCAGGGAGCAAACUGCCUGUGGCAGAUGGGACUCUGCCCAAGCUGGCUGGAGCUGUGGAGGUGCAGCAAGACCUUCACUCACCCAAACUGCACAUACCAAAUGUGAUCCAGCAGAAAGUCAUUUCAGGGUAUGCUGGCUUCGUCCCUCGCCUCUGCUGGGUUUAUGGUGUCAACUACCUCCAGGCUGUGAAGGAAGCCAUGAAGGAAUUUGACCAACUGCAGCUGUCCCAGAAAAACCCAACCUGCAGCUUUGGCAAGAGAUUUCCUCACACCUACUGGCCUGAGAACAGGAUCUACACCAGUGCUGGGCUGAUACCUUUCUACUCAGGCUUCGUACCAAAGCUCCGAGACACCUACGCACUGACCUUUGGGGACAGCACCCGAGCAGCUUACCACAUGGAAUAA